AUGGAUGUGCUAAGCGAGGAGAUCUGGCACUAUCAUAAUUCGGUUACGCAAUCGGAAAAGAUGCUUAAUCGGAAGCUGCAUCUCCGUGAUAUGCUGUACUAUUCGAUUUGCCCUGUGUUUCCAAUGUGCGGUUUGUAUGUUGUUGGAUCGUCAUUGAAUGGUUUUGGCAACAAUACAUCUGACAUGGACCUAUGUUUGAUGAUCACGAAUAAGGAUCUUGAUCAGAAAACUGAUGCUGUUGUAGUGCUGAAUAUGAUUCUCAGCACGUUGCAACAUACAGAAUGGGUAUCACAUCAGAAGUUGAUCUUAGCCAAGGUCCCAAUACUACGGAUCAAGUUUGCGCCACCGUUCUCGGAUAUUACGGUCGAUCUGAACGCAAACAACUCGGUUGCCAUUAAAAACACCCAUCUUCUGUGCUAUUAUUCUUCCUUUGACUGGCGUGUCCGUCCGUUAGUGUCUGUGGUAAAGGAAUGGGCAAAACGCAAAGGCAUCAACGAUGCGAAUCGAUCGUCCUUCACCAGUUAUUCCCUUGUGCUCAUGGUCAUACAUUAUCUCCAAUGUGGGACCGAACCAGGCGUACUUCCGUCGUUACAACAAAUGUUCCCACGACGAUUCGCCAAUAAAUGCGAUGUACGGACGUUGAACGUAACGUUACCACUAGAUCCACCCUCACCUGAAUGGCAAUAUGCGGAUAAAUCGACCCUUGGCGAACUUCUCAUUGGCUUCCUCGACUACUAUGCGAACAAGUUCGAUUACGACCGUGACGCGAUUUCGGUGCGACUCGGCAAGCGAAUCGACAGAGCGGUGAUUGCGCGACAACGGCCAAAUGGGGGCUACCAACAGAACGGUACCAACUGGCGGUCACAAUGGCGAUGUAUAUGCAUUGAAGAACCAUUCACCUAUUCAAAUACUGCCCACUCAAUAUACGAUGAAAUGGUGUUUGAUGCUAUUAAGACGGCUUUCCGGGAAGCCCAUCAAGAAUUGGACACUACACGAGAUUUGCAACGGUUAUUGAAUUGCAAACCGAUACCUGUGAAUCCUCCUAUGGGAGGUGCAAUGGUCUACGUGUCGUCGUACAAUUCGACACGUGAGAUGUCCGCCGGUUCUACAGCUGGUGAUUCACCGACAAGUGGCCAUUCAAGGCGGUCCACACCACGUGGAAGCAGUUCCGGAAGCAGUAUAAGCACAGCACACAGUGCAGCAAGUAGUAGUGGUAGUUCAAGCUCAAGCGAUUAUGGAGAGGACCAGGAUCAUGAUCGGUUGGCAGAUGUAGCCGACGUGAGCGGUGUACCUCUACAACGACCAACAAAACCACGUAGUCGUCGGAUAUCACGACCAAACGGUUCUAUACCCACAUGUCUGCCAACGUCACCGCCAAAGAUCCCAGUCACAACGGCAGCUGAGCAAUGA